AAAAUUCCAACUAUCAUCGGAUAAGCGCGGCAAAUCCCAUCUCCAAUGGCCUCCACCGCCGCCGCCGCCGCCGCAGUCACCGUCGGUGCCGGCGCCACCAUUCUUCUCUUCUCCACCUCCAAACCUUACCAACUCCCCAAACCCUUCUCAAAGUUCCCAACUUUGCACCGCCCCACCACCAAGCUCUUCGUCUCCUCUCCCUCUGCCCGCCGCGGCUUCGUCCCCAGCGCCGGAGAGGAGCGCGUGUUCUUCGAUGGCGGUGCGCACUAUGGAGACCUCCUCGCCAACCUCCUUCUUGGAUUCACUCUGCUCUGGCUCCCCCUCACCCUCGCCGCUGUCUUCCGAGCCUUCUAUCUCCGCUACCGGUUCACUAACUUGCGAGUGACGGUGAUAUCAGGGCUCACUGGCCAAGACCGGAGUGAUUUUGGGUACGAAUCGAUUACGGAUGUGAAAGUGGUGCCGAGAUUUAUUGGGGAGUGGGGGGAUGUUGUGAUCACUCUGAAGGAUGGGACUAAGGUGGAUUUGAGGAGCGUUCCCAAGUUCAGAGAGGUUGCAGAGUAUUGUGUGUCAAUGAGUGGCAAUGUGAAGAACGUGGAGGACAGCAGGAGCAGUGGCACUGGCACUGGCACUGACCCAAGAGGGUUCUGAUUUUCCUUAAAAAAUUCUGUGAAUUGAAGGUAUAUAUAUUGUCUAUUACUUCUUUGUUUCACAAAUUGAAUGAGUUAUGCUAUAUUGAAUUAAUGAAUUUGUAAAGUUGUUGGAUUAAUUUCUGUGAAAA